AUGCCUCGUCGAUCUGGAAGACUUGCCUCUCGCCAAACUGGUGAUGCGAAGGAACAUGAUGAGAAGAGGUCUGAGGAGGAGCAGGGAGAAUCGAGUUCCAUGCACGCAAAGGUCCCCCAAGAAUGGGAUGACGACGAAGACGACGAAUACGAUGAUGACCGGGAUACAGCAAAGUAUACCCAGAACUCUCUUACAGUCACAUAUGAAGACUCAGAGUUUGAACUGAGUGAAAUCGAGGAAGACGAAGAAUUCCUCGUCGAGGGCGAGCUUGAACAAGAAUGCUUCGACCUCAGCGAACUUCCUCUCGACCCUUGUGAAGUCCCUCCCGAAGAACCAGAGGUUGACGACGACGAUGAGCUGGAGACUCAUCAGUCAAACAAGAGGGCUCGCAUAUCAAUUGAUACUGCUGAGCAAUGGAUCUCCGACUUCAAUCGGGCAAACCCAGUCAAUGAUGAUGAUCCAGAUCUACUACGUUUCCGGGAAACCUUGAAAAUCAUCGUGGAGCGUAUAUGCAACUGGGCCCGUGAAAAUGAGAACGGCUCAUUAAAAGCCUGGUUCAAAUCACCUGUUUCUGAGCGACAUACCACAUCCCAGUUCAGAAGCAUCCUUGCACGAGUCGAUAUACAGCAACUGAUCGACAACCUAUUUGAGCACAUGCCGAAAUGUGUCCAAAAGAUUUUCGGCAAGAAAAACCUCAGGCCAAUGGAUCUUCUUGAUCUACCUAAAGUGCCUCACUCCUUUUCCCACCGCCUGACAUACACAGAUGUCCCUGUGCGUGCUGGAGUUAACAACAUCACACGAUUGCCUGGAGUCAGGGGGAAACCAGUCAAAUCUAUCAAGCCCGACGCACAGCUUGGGAAAGAGGCACCGACAAAGGUUUAUUUGGGAUCUACCAUCAGCAAAUUCGGAGCAUACACACGAAUACGUACUCAUGAAGCGGGCUCCGAUGGCAAGGUGAAAGAGAAGUCUGUUCACUAUGACUUCACCAAGCAACCAGAUGUCGCCCCUAACCUCCGCAUUGUUGGUGUAUGGUCUAACCCUUUCGUCGUCGACUCGCUCGACAACCCCAACGAUAUUGAUAGGUGGCUUCCUGUCUUUCUGGAAGGUAUACUCAUGGUAUACCUGGGACUAGUACAUCGCUCCAAUACGCCUCUUAUCGACAGGACCCUCCAGGGAGUCUUUUCCGAGGCAAAGUACGUUCUAAUCGACCGCCUAAGAAGCAAUUUGGAACUCCCCGAUUUCCACACCCAGAGCUUGAACCUGGCUUGGUCUAUUGCACAGGGUGUCAACGGCGGAAUGAUUGUUGUGAACGAGUGCAGCAAUUGCAAGCGGCCCAAGUUCUUCCACGGCAAGAAGCAAAAGUUUGUGACACUUGACGGCAGUCUGUCAGACAGAAUCUGUGGCGCAUGUUAUCAAUACGCAAGGAAGCAUAAUGGCGAGCUCCGCACUUCGAAUACUACUCAUUACGUCAAAUCGCGAGGUGCUAGGGUUUGCAACAACCCCAACUGCCGCAAAGUUGAGGGCAGCGAUGAGAAGGGGCAUUUUCGUACUGACAUUCUCGAUAAGACAAAAUGGAGAUGUCCUACAUGUGCUGCCUACCAAAAGAACCAUAAUGGCGAAGAUCGACCGGCAGAGCAACCUGCGCCCGCUGCUGAUAAUAGGUCUUGCUGCAAUCCCGACUGUGACAGAGUGCAGGUUCCUGGUGGCGCUAAGAUCCACUGGAAAAGCAGGGUGACAGCUACAGGAACAGUCGAAUGGAGGUGCUCCAGGUGCUCGUCAUACCUCAAAAACAAUGGCGUCGAUCGGCCAAGUGGGGAGGUCAAAACGGGUAGGAAACCACAACAAGCAGGCAGGUCUUGCUCCAAUUGCGGCCAAGUUCAAGACCCAAAUGGGAAAAGUUUGAAUUGGCGUAAGAAUGAGGCUGCGGAGGGAACGUUCAGAUGCAGACCCUGCCAUGAUUACUUUACCAAGCAUGACGGUGAGGAACGACCACAAAGUCGGUGGACCCGUUGA